CCCAGAGAGCGGCGGGGGUUCUCGGGGUCUCGGCCCCUGUUUUCCCUGCCGGUGCAGAAGCGGCCGCGGGGGCCCCGUCCUAAGUCCCCGGACUCCGAUCCAACCAAGGACUCCAGCGUGUAGGGGACCAGAGAGAGAAGCCACCCAGCCUCAGCGGGGCGCUCGGCGACUUCAGCUAACGGGCCGGCGUGGGCCGCGGCGAGCAGUGCUGGCCAUUGGAGUGUGCGGCUGCGGAGGGAGGGCACCCCGACUCGAGUAAGUUUGGAGAGCGUCGCAGUCAGUCCCGCGCAGCAACAAGAUGCCGAGCGCGCAGUGGAGACCCGGAGCUCUCCCAACGCAACUUCGUCCUGCCUGAGCGAGCUGCGGUUUCCGAGGGCCUCUCCAACCAAGGAAAAGCAAAAACGCCGGGAUCUCUCCGACGGAACCACCAUCCCCCGCAGCAAGUGAAGGCUCGCUCGCCUCGCCCUCUAGCGUUCUUCUGGAGAAGCGCCUCCCCCGGAUUCCUGGAGACACCGUGCACCAUGGGGUCUACCAGCAUCCCGCUGGUGAAGGCCCUCCGCAGUCCUGUCUCCGACUAUGUUAACUAUGACAUCAUCGUCCGGCAUUAUAACUACACAGGAAAGCUGAACAUCAGCGCGGACAAGGAGAAUGGCAUUAAACUGAGCUCGGUGGUCUUCAUUCUCAUCUGCUGUUGUAUCAUCCUAGAGAACAUCUUUGUCUUGCUGACCAUUUGGAAAACCAAGAAGUUCCACCGACCUAUGUACUACUUUAUUGGCAACCUGGCCCUCUCAGAUCUGUUGGCAGGAGUGGCCUACACAGCCAACCUGCUGUUGUCUGGUGCCACCACCUACAAGCUCACCCCCGCCCAGUGGUUUCUGCGGGAAGGGAGUAUGUUUGUGGCGCUGUCUGCCUCCGUGUUCAGCCUCCUCGCCAUCGCCAUCGAGCGCUAUAUCACGAUGCUGAAAAUGAAACUCCACAACGGGAGUAACAGCUUCCGCUCCUUCCUGCUGAUCAGCGCCUGCUGGGUUAUCUCCCUCAUCCUGGGCGGCCUGCCCAUCAUGGGCUGGAACUGCAUCAGCGCGCUCUACAACUGCUCCACCGUCCUGCCGCUCUACCACAAGCACUAUAUCCUCUUCUGCACCACAGUGUUCACUCUGCUCCUGUUGGCCAUCGUCAUCCUCUACUGCCGGAUCUACUCCUUGGUUAGGACUCGGAGCCGCCGCCUGACCUUCCGCAAGAACAUGUCGAAGGCCAGCCGCAGCUCGGAGAAGUCGCUGGCGCUGCUCAAGACCGUGAUCAUCGUCCUGAGCGUCUUCAUCGCCUGCUGGGCGCCCCUCUUCAUCCUGCUCCUGCUGGACGUGGGCUGCAAGGUGAAGACCUGCGACAUUCUCUUCAGAGCUGAGUACUUCCUGGUGCUGGCCGUGCUCAACUCGGGCACCAACCCCAUCAUUUAUACCCUGACCAACAAGGAGAUGCGCCGAGCCUUCAUCCGGAUCCUGUCCUGCUGCAAGUGCCCCAGCGGGGACUCUGCAGGCAAAUUCAAGCGACCCAUCAUUGCCGGCAUGGAAUUCAGCCGCAGUAAGUCGGACAACUCCUCCCACCCGCAGAAGGACGAUGGGGACAACCCAGAGACCAUUAUGUCCUCUGGAAAUGUCAACUCUUCCUCCUAAACCGAGCGCUGCCGACCCUUGGAGAGAGUUCUUGUGUGGUGACCCACCAGCCAGUGUUUGGAAAAAAAAAAAAAAAUCUCUGUCUCAACUGCUGCCAGGGAGGAGCUGCUGGGAGCCAGAGGGAGGAUGGGCAGAGUAAGAGCAGCCUGGUGGUGCAGGGGUGUUGGCGGGUUAGUUCCUGUGAACAAUGCACUGGGAAGGGUGGAGAUCAGGUCCUGGCCUGGAAUCUAUUUCCUACCCCCACCGCCUGGCCCGGCCUGCCCUGGAGCUUUGAUUUUGCACUGAGCCAAAGGUCUAGCAUUGUCAAGCUCCUG